AUGAGUGGGUCUACACCUAUAUACUUUAGCAAAUUUCUCGUGACAGAACAAGUUUUCUUCAGGACGAGGUUCAGUUAUGCCCUCGUAAACUUGAAGCCCAUUACUAAAGGCCAUGUACUAGUCGUUCCCUUAAGAUCUCAAGUUGUACAGCUAUCACAACUUACCCCUCAAGAAAACGCUGAUUAUUUCAAUACAGUGCAACUAAUACACCAGUUUAUGAAGUGGGUAUAUAAGGCCCAAGCAGUUAAUAUUGCAAUACAGGAUGGACCAGAAGCUGGCCAAUCAGUACCUCAUCUACAUACCCAUAUAAUACCAAGGUAUAAAGAAAACAAUAUUGGCGAUAAGGUGUACGAACGCCUAGAUGACUGGGAUCUCAGAAGAGAUGAGUAUAUGAAGGCUCGUGACAUGAAUGAGGAAGGAACAAACCUACGACCAGACCAGGAUGACGUUAGAAUUGCCCGAUCAAUGGAAGAAAUGAAGAAAGAAGUGGACUUUUUGAAGGCUCAAUUAGAGGAAUUUUUAAGCAACCAUUGCGAUGUGAAGAAGUGGCUGCCUACAGACGCCAGACAAUAA